AUGAUACACCAAUUGGGAGCACCUACAUUAUUCUUCACAUUAAGUGCAGCUGAUACCAAAUGGCCAGAACUACAUAAAUUGUUUCCACCUAACUUGUCUCCAGAAUUCCAAUCCACGAAGAAGCAAUUUAUACAAAACAUUGUCCACAAUCCACAUGUCACAACAUUGUUUUUGCAUUUUAGAUUCACAAUAUUCUGUGAGGAGAUUAUUGACAAGCUUUUCAAAGCUAAAGACCAUUGGUACAGGUACGAAUGGCAACAUCGUGGGUCCGCACAUAUACAUGGCUUCUUGUGGUUACCAAAUGCUCUUGAUAUGGACAAAGUAGACUGGUCUAACCAUGAAGUUGUCCAAUCAGCUAAUUCCUUUUUUGACAGGUAUGUCACAACAUGGAAUCCUUGCAACCAAAUUGGCCAAGCCAACAGACUGCACACUGCUUCACUCUUUGAUCCCUGCAUGGCUGAUACAAACCAAAUUCUAUCCACUGACCCUCUCUCUAACUAUGAGGAACUCGUCAAUGUUGUUCAGCGACAUACAAAAUGUUUUGCCCACACUUGCUUAAAAAAAAAAGGCUCAACCCUCCAUUGUCACUACAAAGCACCUUGGCUCGAGCAAGAUUUUUCAACACUAAUUGUUGAUACUGCCAACAACCCAUCACAUGAACCAGCAAGAAAUGACAGUCAUUUGAACAUUCACAAUCCAAUCAUGCUUGCAAUAUGGCGUGCAAAUAUUGAUUGCCAGCUCGUUUGUUCCAAAAUGGCUGUCAUACAAUAUAUCUCUAAAUAUGCUGCAAAAACAGAACAAAAGUUAGUAGGCUAUGUUGACAUCCUAAAGAAAAUAGUUGCUACAACUAAUACGCAAGAUACCAUCUUGCUGACAUACCAAAAAUUCAUGAUGGGGAUAGUUGCUGAUCGUGACAUCAGUGCACAAGAAACUUGCCAUAUGUUGCAAAAACUCCCAUUGAUAAGUUGUAGCCGAUAUUUUGUCUCCCUUAAUGUCAAUAGAAAGGCCCUCCAUCGAAUUGUUGAACAAAAUGACAAUGCCGAACUUUCCAAAUCUUAUAUUUCUGCUUAUAUGGAAAGACCUAUUGAAUUGGAAAGCAUCUCGUUGAUACAAUCAGCACAACAAUUUUCAUACAACACCCAAUGGAAAAAGCAUCAAUGGCAAAAACUCCAAAAACAAGCAAUUGUCAAUGUCUACCCGUAUUUUAAAACCUCUCCACCUGAGGUUGAUGACAACUUUGAAGCCUACUGUUGGAGUGAGCUUCUCUUAUACAAACCAUUUCACAAUAUUCCAACAGAUAUAGGUACAUCACCUGCUCAAAUCAUUGCAAAUUGGAAGCUAUUGUACAUACAUGGUUACACACAUUGGCAUAUUUAUGGAAUAGAACAUGAAUGCAGAACUGAAAAUGACAUCGACUUUGAUGGUGAUACUUUCUUAUAUUCACACAAUGAAGACCAAUAUGAAUGGGAAUACCUUUCCCAAAUGGGUGCUUCAAACAAAAUCAAUGUAAAUGAUCUCCAAAUGCUGGGUAGACACGAUUACGAUAUUAACUUUGAUUGGCAUGCCCCUUAUCCCACUGAUCCACUUCAUCAUACUGCUGUUACCUUCAUUUCCACUAAUAAAAUAAAUUGCCAGCCUAGCAUUCUCCAGCCAGCUUCUCCUCCCACUACUUCAUUCCCCUUAGCAUCAAAACAAAAAAUUGCACUUGAACUCAUUCUUGCCCAUUAUGCAUCUCCUGGAACCCCGCCUCCACUCCAUAUGCUUAUACAAGGCACUGCAGGCACUGGUAAAUCAUAUUUGAUACAAUACAUUAGAAAUAGACUUAACCUUUCCACAAAUAUACAACUCAAUCCUUUGCUUGUGCUUGCCCCAACCGACGUUUCUGCAUAUAAUAUCCAAGCAACAACUAUUCAUGCUGCCCUGUGCAUCCCCCUUAGAGAUAUGCAACCUUUAACAGGACAGUCUUUGAUGCUCUUCCAAGAACAAUACAAACACUUACAAUAUAUACUAAUUGAUGAGAUGAGCUUUUUGGGUCCUAAAUUGCUUUUGAAAAUUGACAACAAAUUACGUCAGGCAUUCCCUCGCCAGCAACGCGAACCAUUUGGAGGCCUCUCAAUCAUCCUUGUAGGCGACCUCAACCAACUACCUCCAGUGAUGGACAAGCCUUUGUAUGCCUCGCAUUCUACAACCCUUGCAUUAUGGCGCUCCUUUCAAACUGUUGUUACCUUAGAUACAAGUUUCCGACAACAAGGUGCCUCAAACAUCCAACAACAAUUUUGUGCUAUCUUGUAA